GCCCCCCACAAGGUCUGAGGGACAGUGGACCGACCCCAGGCUGAAAGAGUUUGCUGACCCCUGGUGGAGAGUCUAUGGGGAGAAUUUUUUCAUGCACCAAGUGUCCCUCGCACAUGGGAAGGGUUAAAGUAGCAAAUGUGCCAUUCCUAGAGAGGUGUGCAUGUGAGAAAUCACAUGGAUAUGACAUUUUUUAAAAAGAGAACAUCUGCUUUUCCGGUCCCUCCGCCUCCUUUCCUUAAUUAUUUCCUCUUUUACUUACUGGAAACAGAAGCCUGCUGUCUUGAGACUUUCUCCUGGCCGAAGAUCCAAGGUGAAGCUGGCUGGUGAGUGGACAAGAGGAAAGUUGGGGUGGUGCCCCCUAGAAAAAACUGCCCUGUCCCCACAUUCUGACCCUUGCUGCAUCUACCCCAGUGCUGUCGACACUGGCCGGCAGCAGCUCCCCGGGGUAUCAGGCAGAUUUGGUGUUUAUUCUGGAGUUUUCACCGCAUCUUCGGCGAGAAAACAAUAGACGCCAGGAGAAACUGGGCACCUAUAACUGCUCCAGCAGCUAUAACUGCCCUUCUACGGAAUCAGGUCACUGGUCCAGCGGGCUUAAGACUUUUUUAUCUUCCGAGGUUCAGGAGGAAGAUUCCCCAUCCUUAUCCUUGGGUGGUGGGCGAUGGAAAUGGCAGAGGGGUUUGUCAUGGCAUGGCCGGAUCCCCAGGAAGAAGUCCCUUCCGGGCAGGAAGGACGGCCCAAGAUCAAAACAGAGGAGACCAGCUUCUCAGAAUUUGAACCCAAGAUGGGGGCGAAAGGGUCCAAAAGAGCCCCUCUCGUCUUCCAGGCGGGGAGCAUUCGCGAAUUGCUUUGCAAGGCGUCGGGGAGACAGUUGACGCAGGUUCCAGGCGAAGGGCUCCUUCAGCAAUGGGAGAGCCAGUUGCAAGAGUUCCUGGGGACCUUGGAGUCCCCCAACUUGAGGUGGGAGGCUGCCCAGAUGCCAGAGGAGCCCACCCCCUGGGACGACGCCAAGGCCUUCCUGGCCUCCUUCGAGCAAGUGGCCAAAGCCUGUGGGUGGCCCUGGGAAGAGUGGGCGGCCAGGCUGCUGCCGGCCCUCAGCGGAGAAGCCGAGCGGGCCUUUUGGAGCCUGGAGGCCGGUGACAGAGAGGAUUAUGGGAAAGUGAAGGCGGCCAUCUUGCGCGGGGACGCCCUCACCAGGGAGAAGAACCGCCAGUACUUCCGGUGCUUCUGCUACCGGGACGCCGAGGGCCCCAGAGGGGCCUACAGCCGCCUCCAGGAGCUCUGCCGGCGGUGGUUGAAGGUGGAGAGGCACUCCAAGGAGCAGAUCCUGGAGUUGUUGAUCCUGGAGCAGUUCCUGACCGUCCUGCCAGCAGAGGUCCAGAGCCGGGUGAGGGAUUGCGGCCCGGAGACCUGCUCCCAGGCGGUGGCCCUGGCCGAGGAUUUCCUGCUGAGGCAGCUGCAGGUGGAGGAACAGGAGCAGCAGGUGCCUACAGAGGCGAAUGUGAAUGCCCCCAAGGAAGAAGAGGUUCUGGAACCCGAAGAGGUGCUGGGGCCCAGCUGGGAGAUUAGUGAUGCUAACCAUGCUGGUUUUCUGUUGUGCGAACCCACGCUAGAUGAGCCCGUUUCUGGGGACGCAAAGACCCACCACCUCUUAGAAAGUUCUUUGCAGAGAGAUCCCCAGGGGCCGCCACUGCAAAGCCCGGGGCAAGACGUUCCCUCGUGCAACAAGCAGGAAGAAGUACCCAGAAGUCCUAAUGGGCUGGCGAGAGGGACAGAAGCAAGUCCAAAGAAAACAGCUGCCUGGGAGCUGCCAGGGACCCCGGAGACCGAGGCCACCGCCUCCCCAAAUGGGAAUAGCGUCAAACCGAAGCCGCCGCUGGGCCUCCGCCCUGGGCCAGGACCCUACAAAUGCUCCGAGUGCGGGAAGAGUUUCUGCCGGCGCUCCUACCUGUCCCAGCACCACCUCAUCCACACCGGCGAGAAGCCCUACGAAUGCUCCUACUGCCAGAAGGCCUUCCGGGCGCGCUCUCACCUCACAAAGCACAGGCGCCUGCACACGGGCGAAAAGCCCUACAAGUGCGGGGACUGUGGCAAGGGCUUCCACCAGUCGUCCAACCUCCAGAAGCACAUGAAAAUGCAUGUGGGCGCCCCGAUCUACCGGUGCCCUGAUUGCGGGAAGAGCUUCGGCCAGCGCGCCACGUUUUGCCAGCACCGCAAGGCGCACGCCGGCGGGAAGACCUACCGGUGCUCGCGGUGCGGGGAGAGCUUCGGCGAGCUCCCGCUCCUCCGCGCGCACCGGCGGAGCCACGCGGCGGAGCGGGCCUACCAGUGCCCCACCUGCGGGCAGGCCUUCGAUCACCGGUCAAGCUUCUUGAAGCACAGGGUGACCCACACGGGGGAGAAGGCCCACAAGUGCCCCACCUGCGGGAAGGGCUUCAGCCAGUCCUCCAACCUUCACAAGCACCAGAAGAUCCACACGGGGGAGAAGCCUCACAAAUGCCUCACCUGCGGGAAGUCCUUCACCCAGAGCUCGCACCUCAACUUCCACCAGAACACCCACAAAGGGUUCAAGUCGUACAAAUGCUUAGACUGCGGGGACAGCUUCACCGACAGGUCGCACCUUAUGAAACACAAGCUGAGUCACGCCAGCACAAAAGCGGCAACGUCGGCCUGAAAUCCCCCUUAAUUUUAUAAGGCGGGUAAAUUACGUUUAUUUUUUACAUUUAUAUGGCGCUUAGGCCUUUGCACAUUGACUGUUUCCCUCCGUUCCACAAUUUCAUUAGGAAGACUUGGGCAAUCCUCUCUCUCGUUUCUGCUCCCGCACUCAGCCCCACUCAUCCGCAAUAUGUGGGGCAGAUGAUAUUGAUCUACCUUAACAACAACUAUAACUUUAUUAUUUAUACCCCGCCCAUCUGAUUAUUUAUACCCACUCUGAGUGGCU